AUGGACGCAACAUACACCAUGGCACAGACCCCAGUGCAGGGACAGCCAUCAUUUGCAUACUACCCAACAGAGUCGCAAUCGCGGCAGCAACAUUUCACCAGUCACCCGUCCGAGAUGCAGUACUAUGGACAAGUGCCGCCUUACCCACAGCAACAGCACAGCAUGCCAGAACAACAGCCCGUCUACGCUGCUCAACCUAUGUUGAACAUGCAUCAGAUGGCCACAACCAAUGCCUUCCGAGGUGCCCUGAGCAUGACUCCCAUUGCCUCCCCACAGCCGACCCAUCUCAAGCCUACCAUCAUCGUGCAGCAGCAGGACUCUCCAGUUCUCAUGCCUCUGGACACGAGAUUCGUUAGCAAUGACUUCUAUGGGUUCCCUUCGACCCCACCGCUGUCCACAUCUGGAAGCACUAUCAGCAGCCCCCCGUCCAGCAAUGGCUCUCUUCACACCCCAAUCAAUGAUUGCUUCUUCUCAUUUGAGAAGGUGGAAGGGGUGAAGGAAGGUUGCGAGAGCGAUGUUCACUGUGAGCUCCUGGCCAACACCGGCUGGUCGCGGUCUGACUCGCCUCCUUUGACACCUGUGUUUAUCCAACCACCAUCCCUCACCGCCAGCCAGAGCUCAGAUCUCUUAUCGGCUCAUAUGUCCUGCCCAUCCCUUUCUCCAUCGCCCUCUCCGGACUCGACAACUUUCAUCUCUCAUCCUCAGUCGGUUCUCUCAGCUGAGCCCUCUGGAUCCGACUUCUGCGACCCUCGACAGCUUACCGUCGAAUCGUCAGUCGGAGCACCUGCAGAGCUACCGCCAUUGCCUACUCUUUCCUGCAAUGAGGAGGAACCUAAGGUGGUUUUGGGUAGCGCAACUGUGACAUUGCCGGUUCACGAGGGCUUGUCGCCUUCAUUCUCGAGCUCCUCCGAGGAUCCUCUCGGUUCAUUGCCCACUUUCGACAGUUUCUCCGACCUUGAUUCGGAGGACGAGUUUGCCAACAAGCUCGUCGACUUCCAUCCUAUUGGAAACACCUACUUCCUGGGAGAUAAACGGCAACGCCUGGGCACAUACCUCCUUGAUGAGGACGAGUUCUUGAGUGAACGCAGCUUGGAAGAUUUGGACGACCAAGAGGCCUUUGCCCAAUCCGGUCUUCCUUCCGUGGAGUCCUCUGACUUUCUCGCAGCCGAGGGUGAUGCUACACAGAACACCGAGGAAAUGAGCUCGAAGAAGAGAGUCACCUCUCGCAGGUCGCUUAAGAGGGCGAGCACGUCGGAGAGCAGCUCGGAUAGCCUUGCCAAGAAGACUCAGGCUUCCGCCACCAGCCGGUCUGGUCACUCUGAGACGACUUCCACAGUCCAGCAGUCGACUGCUUCUUCUCGUCAGAACUCGACCGCCAAUACAUCCAGCUCUGGGUCCCCAGCUGCUCCUGUCUCUGUCAACCGUCGCGGACGCAAGCAAUCCUUGACCGAUGACCCCUCGAAGACCUUUGUCUGCUCGCUCUGCUCUCGUCGUUUCCGCCGUCAGGAGCACCUGAAGCGUCAUUACCGCUCGCUUCACACUCAGGACAAGCCGUUUGAGUGCCAUGAAUGCGGCAAGAAGUUCUCUCGCAGCGACAACCUUGCUCAGCAUGCCAGGACUCACGGUGGUGGUUCCAUUGUGAUGGGUGUUAUCGACACAAACGGCUCGAACACCCAACCCGCGUUCGAUGAGCCUGAGCCGCGGGCUCUGGGCCUCGCUCUGUACGAGGCCGCCAACGCCGCAACGAGCAAGUCGACAACGAGCGAGUCAUCUGACGGAACUAUUUCAGACACGUCGUCCGUCGGUGGGCGGCCUGCCAAGAAGCGCCGACGGGACGACCACGUCUGA